GCAAAAUUGACGGAAAAAACACUGGCCAUCGACCACGCUUCACCUUGUAUUUAUUUUUUCGCCCAGAGAUAUUGAAUUUCCUUCUGAAAUUACGACAUCAUGGUUUUGAAGCUGUACUUUGAUUUUUUAUCUCAACCUUCGAGAGCCUUGUAUAUAUUCUUCAAAAAAUGUAAUAUUCCUUUUGAAUCGCACAUUGUCAAUAUAUCUCGAGGUGAAAAUCGGUCCGAGGAAUACGAGGAGAUACAUCCUUUUGGCAAAGUACCCUCCAUUGAACAUGAUGGAUUCAAGCUUAUCGAAAGUGUUGGGAUAGCUCGAUACGUAGCCCGAGAAUUUAAAGUUGCCGAACACUGGUAUCCAACAAAGUCCCGAGAACAAGCUAAAGUCGAUGAAUACUUGGAAUGGCAGCAUUUAAAUACGCGUGUCAUCUGUUCGCGACUUUUUUUGGCGAAUGUGCUGUUUCCAAUGAUGCGACAAAAAGCUGCCCAUCCUGAACGUGCCAAGGAAUGCGCGUCCGGCGUUACUGCCUGCUUGGAUCAAUUUGAAAACCUUUGGCUGAAAGAUAAAAAUUUUCUCAUGGGAAAUGAAAUCAGCGUCGCUGACUUAUUCGCAGCUUGCGAAAUCGAACAAAUACGAAUGGCGGGUUUAGAGCCGCGUCAAGGCAGGCCUAAGUUAAAAGGUUGGUUCGAUCGAGUCGAACAAGCUUCAGGGCCGCAUUACGCCGAAGCUCAUAAGUACGUGGACGACGUUGUCAAAAGGAUCGCAGGUCGGCCAGCACAUACGUGCGACAUAAAUGAAAUAUUUCCCUGAUCUGGAGUAAUAUUUAUUAUUCUUUGAUUAUUGAUACAUUGUUGAUAAAUACUUCGCUUGUAUUUAUUUAUGGUGGUUUAUAUAAAAUGAUAUAUAUUUUUAAAGCA